GAUGCCUUCCGAGUGCAAAAGGUAUUCUGCGCAGUGGAAUUGAUCAGCUGCGGAGAGUGCCAGCAGACAAGGAAGGUCGGCGUGCUGUACGUGUUCGGCAGCCCAGCAGCCUGGGAGGAGCAGUCAGCUAGCUAUCAAAAGGGGAAGGCGUCGGCAAGGACGAGGAGUAGAAGGUUGAGGGCAGGGCCAACGACAAAUCUAAACUUGUCGAUAGAUCUGUAAAGUGGGGGGAAAGUAAGCGGCAGCAGCAUGAGCAAAAUCCUGACGGUAAAGACCAGCGCCUACAAUGACCAGAAACCGGGCACCAGCGGCCUGAGGAAGCGGGUCUGCGUGUUCGAGAGCAAGGCGAACUACGCGGAGAAUUUUAUCCAGAGCAUCGUGACAGCGGCCGUGGAGCCGGCUCAGCGGCAGGACGCUGUGUUGGUGGUCGGCGGCGACGGCCGCUACUACAGCAAACAUGUCAUUCAACUCAUCAUCCAGAUGUCGGCGGCCAACGGGAUUGGGCGUUUAGUAAUUGGACAAAAUGGAAUUCUCUCAACUCCAGCUGUAUCUUGCAUAAUCAGAAAAAUCAAAGCAAUUGGAGGAAUUAUUCUGACAGCAAGCCACAACCCUGGUGGACCUGAUGGAGAUUUUGGAAUCAAAUUCAAUAUUUCCAGUGGAGGUCCGGCUCCCGAGGCUGUCACAGAGAAGAUUUUUCAGCUCAGCAAAACUAUUGAAGAAUAUGCUAUCUGUCCUGAUCUGAAAGUUGAUUUAAACACAAUCGGAAAACAACAAUUUGACUUGGAGAACAAGUUUAAACCAUUUACAGUGGAGAUUGUGGAUUCGGUGGAAGCCUAUGCUAACAUGCUACGAAACAUCUUUGAUUUUAAUGCUUUGAAAGAGCUACUUUCGGGGUCAGAGCACUUGAAGAUAAGAUUGGAUGCCAUGCAUGGAGUGAUGGGUCCUUAUGUUAAGAAGAUUCUGUGUGAAGAGCUGGGAUCCCCUGCAAAUUCAGCAGUGAACUGCGUUCCUCUUGAAGAUUUUGGUGGUCAUCAUCCUGAUCCAAACUUGACGUAUGCUUCUGACCUAGUGCAAGCCAUGCAAACAGGAGACUAUGACUUUGGAGCUGCUUUUGACGGUGAUGGUGAUCGGAACAUGAUUCUUGGAAAGCAUGGCUUCUUUGUCAACCCAUCUGAUUCUGUGGCUGUAAUUGCUGCAAAUAUCUUCACAAUCCCAUACUUCCAACAAACUGGUGUUCGAGGAUUUGCUCGCAGCAUGCCCACUAGUGCAGCACUGGAUCGGGUCGCCAAGGCUACAAAAAUAGCUUUGUAUGAGACGCCUACUGGCUGGAAAUUCUUUGGAAAUUUGAUGGAUGCCAAUAAACUUUCCCUUUGUGGAGAAGAAAGCUUUGGAACAGGAUCUGACCACAUUCGUGAAAAAGAUGGUCUUUGGGCUGUGCUUGCCUGGUUGUCCAUUAUUGCCAAACGCAAACAAAGUGUGGAAGUGAUCAUGCAGGAACACUGGCAGAAAUAUGGUCGCAAUUUUUUCACCAGGUAUGAUUAUGAGGAAGUAGAUGCUGCAGCAGCAAGUAAAAUAAUGAAGGAUAUGGAGGCAGUAAUGUUAGACCGUGCUUUCGUUGGCCAUAAAUUCACAGUUUGUGAAGAAGAAUACAUUGUGGAAAAGGCUGAUAAUUUUGAAUACUGUGACCCUGUUGAUGGCAGUAUUUCCAGAAAUCAGGGAUUGAGAAUAAUUUUCACAGAUGGAUCACGCCUUAUCUUUAGAUUAAGUGGAACUGGCAGUGCUGGAGCAACCAUCAGAGUUUAUAUUGAUAGCUACUAUAAAGAUGCUUGUAAAAUCUUCAAAGAUCCACAGGCAAUGCUCAGCCCUCUAAUAAAAAUUGCUCUGAAGUUUUCUCAGAUUCAUGAACGAACAGGUCGCACCAAGCCAACAGUGAUCACAUAAAUAUAUAAUAUUAAAUCAGAAGAUAAAAUAAUAGAGAAGUAUUAACUAAAGAUUUUAAAACACCUGAAAAAUGUGAAGUGCUAUUGUAAACUAUCAUCUCACACUGUUUUCUGAAUAUUAAGGCCUUAUGAGGAAAACUGAGGCUUAAAUAUUGUAUUAAAAUAUCAUUAAUAUAUAUUA